ACGAGACCCAGUUUGCCAAUCGCACAAAUCAUUACUUCAAUAUGCAUCAUGACAGGAGCAGCGUUUCCUUCUCGGCUGCGUUUGAACCCCAGCUUGUAGACAUGGCAGAGGAGAGACGGAGGUGAGCUCUAGAUACAGGACGUAGCGCUCGAUUUACUGAUCACUUCGGCGUGAAUCGGAUUGAUCCUCCUCCUCCUCUUCUUCCUCCUGUGGAUCAUUUGGGAUCGAUAAGGAUUUGGGAAACGCCGCGUCAUGACCACCGGACAGGACGAGAGUUCAGUGCGCGUUGCGCUCAGGAUCCGCCCCCAGCUGGCACGGGAGAAGAUAGAGGGAUGUCACAUCUGUACAUUUGUGACCUCUGGCGAGCCCCAGGUAAUUCUGGGAAAAGACAAGGCCUUCACAUUUGACCAUGUGUUUGACAUGGACACCGAGCAAGACACCAUCUACUCUAACUGCACUGAGAAGUUGAUAGAAGGCUGCUUUGAGGGCUACAAUGCAACUAUCUUUGCCUAUGGACAGACUGGUUCGGGGAAGACGUACACAAUGGGCACUGGCUUUGACGUAAGCAUCCCGGAAGUUGAGCUGGGCAUCAUCCCACGAGCAGUCAGUCACCUUUUUAAAGGCAUCGAGCAGAGACGGCAGGCCGCAACAGAACAAGGACGUCCUAUACCUGAGUUCAAGAUUAAUGCACAGUUCCUGGAGUUGUAUAAUGAAGAAGUGCUGGAUCUCUUUGACUCCGCGCGUGAUAUGGAGUCCCGAAAACAGAAAUCUCACAUCAAAAUCCAUGAAGAUGCAAGCGGCGGUAUUUAUACUGUGGGAGUGACUACACGCACUGUUUCUUCAGAGGCUGAAAUGAUGCAGUGUUUGAAGCUGGGCGCUCUCUCGCGCACCACAGCAAGCACUCAAAUGAACGUGCAGAGCUCUCGCUCACAUGCCAUCUUCACCAUCCACCUGUGCCAAGUGCGCAUGUGCACACCUACAGACAAUAAUGACAAUGUGACUGAUAACCGGCUGGCCAAUGGCUCAUCUGACGUGGAUGAGUUUGAGACUCUAACAGCCAAGUUCCACUUUGUGGAUCUGGCAGGUUCAGAGCGACUGAAGAGAACAGGUGCCACUGGGGAAAGAGCCAAAGAAGGCAUCUCCAUCAACUGUGGACUGUUGGCAUUGGGGAAUGUCAUCAGUGCCUUAGGAGACAAAAGCAAGCGAUCAACACAUGUGCCUUACCGGGACUCCAAACUCACUCGCCUUCUCCAGGAUUCUUUAGGUGGCAACAGCCAAACAGUGAUGAUCGCCUGCAUAAGUCCAUCAGACCGGGAUUUCAUGGAGACCCUAAACACCCUGAAAUAUGCUAACCGUGCGCGUAACAUUAAGAACAAAGUGGUAGUGAAUCAAGACAAAGCCAGUCAGCAGAUCAGCGCCCUGAGGACGGAGAUUGCACGGCUGCAGAUGGAGCUCAUGGAGUACCGUACGGGCAAGCGCAUAGUUGGUGAGGAUGGCCUGGAGAGCAUCAAUGACAUGUACCAUGAGAACUCCAUGCUGCAGAUGGAGAACCAGAACCUACGAGUGCGUGUGAAAGCCAUGCAGGAGACUAUAGACGUCCAGCGAGCUCGCCUCACUCAGAUCCUCAGCGAUCAGGCUAAUCAGGCUCUUGCUAAAGUUGGGGAAGGCAGUGAGGAAAUCGGGAAUAUAAUACAGAAUUACAUCAAAGAGAUAGAAGAUUUAAGAGCAAAAUUGUUGGAAAGUGAGGCAGUGAAUGAGAACCUGAGGAAGAAUCUGUCCCGAGCGUCCACUAGGUCGUCUUUCUACGGAGGGACUCCAGCUUUCUCUCUCGGUUCUGACCCGUCCCAAGAGACCUCAGACAUUAUCGAGCUGGCUAAGAAGGAUCUGGAGAAACUGAAGAGGAGAGAGAAGAAGAAAAAGAAAAGGCUCCAGCAGCUGCUGGAGGAGAGGAGAGUGGAGGAGGAAGAGGAGAUGGAGGUGGAGGAAGACAGUGUUGUAAAGGAGGAAAUCCCUGAUAAUGAGCAAGAGAAGGGGAACGAAAAAGAGCAGCUUGAGUCAGCAAUUGAGGAUGCAGAGCAGGAGGUCCAGGAAGGCAUCGAUCAUGAGGAGGCUGAGGAAGAAGAUGAGGAGGAUGAAGAUGAAGAGUUGGAUGCUGACGAGAGUUCAGAUGACUCUGACUCAGAGUUGGAUGAGAAAGAGAACUUCCAGGCAGACCUGGCCAACAUCACUUGUGAGAUCGCCAUAAAGCAAAAGCUGAUCGACGAGCUGGAAAACAGCCAAAGACGUCUUCACACCCUCAAGCAGCAAUACGAGCAAAAACUCAUGAUGCUACAGAGCAAGAUCCGGGACACACAGCUAGAGAGAGACCGUGUGCUGCAAAACAUGGGUACCGUGGAGUCCUGUACUGAGGACAAGUCUAAGAAAAUAAAGGCAGAGUAUGAAAAGAAACUGAGCACCAUGAAUAAAGAACUGCAUAAACUUCAAGCCGCACAAAAGGAACACGCCCGUCUGCUCAAGAAUCAGUCGCAGUAUGAGAAGCAGCUUAAGAAACUCCAACAGGAAGUCGUGGAGAUGAAGAAAACCAAAGUGCGUCUCAUGAAGCAAAUGAAGGAGCAGCAGGAAAAGAACCGGCUGGCAGAGACGCGCAGGAACCGUGAGAUCGCCACGCUGAAGAAGGACCAGCGUAAACAAGAGCACCAGCUGAAACUGCUUGAGGCCCAAAAGAGGCAGCAGGAGCUCAUACUGCGCAGGAAGACUGAGGAGGUGACUGCUUUGAGGCGACAGGUUCGGCCCGUUUCUGGAAAGAUGACCAGGAAGGUCCUCCUGUCCGACACUGUACAGGACUCUGGCCACAGAAUGCCUGGCACACGCACACACACAGGAUCAGGAGCUUCAAAUGGAACCAGGUCUGAGUGUUAUAAAUCUGCAUGUGUGCAAAAUAUUGUGAGGUCAUGUCUCUUAUGGUAUCUGUAUGCGUUCACCAGACUGUACCAUCGCAGGCCUGUGGGGAUUUACUCUACCCGCGUAGCACGCGUUAAAUGGCAGAGCCUGGAACGACGCAUCUCUGACAUCAUCAUGCAGCGCUUGACUAUCUCCAACAUGGAGGCAGAUAUGAAUCGCCUUCUCAAGCAACGGGAGGAUCUGACACGGCGGAGAGACAAGCUGAGCAGGAAGAAGGAGAAGAUGGCGGCCGAGGGCCCUGAGGCCGAAAAAGCCAUUCAGUCCCUGAACGAGGAAUUAGAGUCCCUGUUAGCCAACAUCGACUACAUCAACGACAGCAUUGCUGAGUGUCAGGCCAACAUCAUGCAGAUGGAGGAGGCGAAGGAGGAGGGUGAGACGAUGGAUGUUUCAGCUGUGAUCAGCUCCUGCACCCUUUCGGAGGCUCGUUUCCUUUUGGAGCAUUUCAUGUCCAUGGCUAUCAAUAAGGGGCUCCAUGCGGCCCAGAAGGAGUCUCAGAUCAAGGUGAUGGAGGGCCGGCUCAAGCAGACUGAAAUCAACAGCGCCACUCAGAACCAGCUCUUAUUCCACAUGCUGAAGGAGAAGGCUGAGUUUAAUCCCGAGCUGGACGCACUGCUUGGGAACGCUCUGCAAGAGCUAGGUAACAUGCCUCUGGAGAAUGAAGAUGACAGUAGCAGUGAUGAAUCAACACAGAGUCCUGCAGCAGAUGGAAACACCAUGGCCACUGACCUCAUGAAGCUCUGUGGAGAGACUAAAUCCAGGAGUAAAGCUCGGAGAAGAACCACCACACAAAUGGAGUUACUCUAUGCAAACAGCGGUGAGACUGGCAUUGACGCAUCCAGUGGAGAAUUCACCGGCCCUCUCCACCCGAUGGCUGAAACUCCUGAAGGUGGCACUGAUGAGCCUUUGAGCAGUACACUCAGGGAGUACAUGGUCCCUGCUGCUGCCUUAUCCUCUAGAAUGGGUGGCAUAAACUCUGGCUCCAGACCUCCAUCGGGGCUGGAAAAGCGAGUGCCGGAAGCCUCCCCUCUCACCCGCAGGAAGACCUAUGACAAGGGACAAGCAGCAGCCGACAGGGCUAAAGCUCAAGAGAUCAAACAAGGAGUGAUAAAUCCAGUACCUGCAUCGAAGAGCAAUCGCGGGGGUACUCUGCAAUGUGUGCAUGUGGCUGAGGGCCACAGUAAAGCUGUGCUGUGUGUGGACUCCACUGAUGAUCUGCUCUUUACUGGAUCUAAAGACCGUACGUGUAAGGUUUGGAAUCUAGUGACUGGGCAGGAAAUCAUGUCUCUGGGUGGCCAUCCCAACAACGUGGUGUCUGUACGCUACAGCUCCAGCAUGGUCUUCACCGUCUCCACCUCCUUCAUCAAAGUGUGGGACAUCCGUGACUCUGCAAAGUGCAUCCGCACACUCACAUCCUCCGGGCAGGUGAGCGCAGGUGAUGCAUGUGCAGCUAACACCAGCCGCACCGUGACUACAGCUGCUGGGGAAAACCAGAUCAACCAGAUCGCACUUAACCCUACAGGCACAGUGCUAUAUGUGGCAGCUGGCAACUCUGUCCGCAUGUGGGACCUGAGAAGGUUUGCCUCAACAGGAAAACUCACAGGUCAUCUUGGCCCAGUCAUGUGUUUGACUGUGGAUCACUCUGGCAACGGCCAAGAUCUGGUCAUCACUGGCUCCAAGGAUCACUACAUCAAGAUGUUUGAUGUAACAGAAGGAGCUCUAGGCAGCAUCAGUCCUACGCAUAACUUCGAGCCACCGCACUACGAUGGCAUUGAGUCGGUGGUGGUGCAGGGAGACUGUCUGUUCAGUGGCUCCCGAGAUAAUGGAAUCAAAAAAUGGGACCUGGCUCGCAAAGACCUACUGCAGCAAGUCCCUAAUGCUCAUCGAGACUGGGUGUGUGCGCUGGGCGUCGUGCCAGGUUCUCCUGCCCUGCUGAGCGGUUGUAGAGGAGGAGUGUUAAAACUCUGGCACACAGACACACUGAGUGCGCUUGGAGAACUCCGGGGUCACGAGAGCCCCAUCAACAGCAUCUCCACUAACAGCAGCUUAUUGUUUACUGCAUCUGAUGAUCGGACAGUGAAGAUCUGGCGUGCGAGAGGAGGUCUGGACAGCACUGACAUGGCUGAUGCUCCUGAUGAGCCUGGCAGCAACUGACUGUCCAAUUCUGUCUCAUGUGGCUAACUUCUCUUCUGCACUCUGCCCUCACCCACUAAAACAGGACACCUGAUAUAUACCAACCUAGAAGAUUAAUGCCUGAAUAUGGCAAAAGAGGAUGUAAACAGAUUGGAAUCUUCUCCUUCACCAUAGCCACUUCUCUUGCGUGGUGUCUUAAUAGCGCAGCAAUGCUAUGGAUCAUAGCUAAAGCAAAUCUCAUUAUAAAGUAACACUCCUUUAGACGCUGCAACUUCUCCAUAUUGAUCGUGAUUAACCACUGGGGGAACCCUGCUGCAUGGGGAUUAGUUGGAUAUGAGGAGAGGAGGGACCGGUUCCUGUCUGUAGCUGGCUUCAGUAGGCCGGGUCUCUGAGCUCAUAUAUGAACUCGUGCUUCUAGACCUUUUGCACAGCACUGAGCGCUUUACACACAUGAUGCAUACUGAGUAGCUGUAGCUUUGCAUUAAGUGGACUAACUGAAAUCACCAUGCCUUUAAAAAUUCUGUCUAUACGUUUGAGCCUGAAAGUCGUUGGUGACCAAAGUGCGAAGCUCAGCUGUACUACAAUCAUUAACUUAUUAACAAAUUCAAUUCUAAUGCAUAAUAUAGAUAUCGAAAGUUUCUCUUUUUCUUCUUCCUUCCUUGUCUUAAGCCUUGCUCAAGCUGGAUUAAUUUACCAUGUGAAGGUAAUUUAUUUUCAGAUUGUCCUAAAAGUACUGUCAAGUUAAAAUGAUCUUAACACUCUACCAUGCUAAACCUGUACAAUGUCCAAGCACAUUGAUUACCUUCUGUGUUUUGUCAAACAUACUGUAGCUCUCCCUCAGUACACUAUUUGGUGUAAUAUCUAAACUUGGGAGACGUGGCACAAUUCCGACAUUGACAUCAAGGAUAUGACACGUCAGUCUUGACUAUCUGGAUAUUUACUACACAAAACACAGCUGCUUUAUCCUGACCAAUAAAAUCCCUUAAAAUUACAUUACCGAACCUAGGUAAAUGAAACAAAUUCAGCCUCGAGCAUUAUAGCAGCUCUUGUGUUAAAUGUCCUCGCUGCCUUCUUGUUAACACCUGGCUAAGGUUGUAAUAUCUUCGACACUUACAAUAGAUACACCUACUAGUUCAUACACUUAUUAGUUGUAUGUAUGUGGAAAUAGGAGGAGUGUAGUGGUCUGUGUGCUGGUGUGCAUAUCCACCUGCUUCUGUUUCUGUCAUAAUUGUUCUUGUUAUCUCUGGCAUAAAUACAUAUAUAAUCUCAGUAGUGUUGAUGUAUGUAGUUACAGUAGAAAACUACAAGUACUGUAUGUGUGCAAUCAUGUCUUAGCCUGUAGACGACUAACAAACAGGGAAGCGUUUGGCUUAUAACCAGGAACGGUAGACCAGGAAUGACUCUGCAGUGUAUCAGUUUAAACCUUCCCUUUGUAAAGGACAGAAAUGUGUAUUAAUGGUUUAAGUUUUCAGCUCACUGGAUGUGUUUAUGUCCUGUUUUUUUCACCAGGGUUAAAGCUGACUGACAUGUCAGCAAGCUAAAUGUCAGAUGCCACAAAUUAAAGGCCAUCUGUCAAAAUCCCAUGCCACUGUGUGUACGUGUGUGUGUGUGGCUAUUGUAAGGGCAAAUCUUAGGAACCCGAAAUUUUACCUAGUGGACAUUGCAAAUAGCUUCUACCAAACUGCUGUGGAUGUUUGUGGGUAUUUUCAGUGGCCACUUUGCAGUGAAGCUGUGCCUAACCUGUGUGUGAUCUGUGCAACAGUAAACCAUUUUGUCCACUGGAGGGAGGUCUUGUACCUCUGUUUCUCUAGCAUUCAUAUGGAUGAUCCUAUUAGCUCUAUUAUACCUUCUGUUUUGUGUACGAGUCUGACUUACCAUUGAAGAAUCAGCUCUGUGGACACUUUUUGCUCUUUUGUAAGAAUCUGUGUUAUUCAUUAUCAUGCAGGUGCUUGUCUCCUGUCUCGCUUGUCUCUCGAUAUUAUCAUAACGUGGCUGCACCUGGGUUCAGGAGCGUGUAGUAGCUGAAUAAAAGGCUAGGACUGUCAUUCUAUGCCGACUGUUCGUUCUAUGGUGUAGCCCUCAUAACAAAAGCAUGAACAUCAUGGCCCAGGUGAAAUAUUUAGCACCUCAAUGCGCUUGUGACUACUUUAUUGUCUUUGAAGAUAUUUUUUUCAUUCCUGUCUGAAUGGCGAUGUCAAAAUGCACACAGUUUUACUCGUCUGCAUAGGUGAAUUAUUUAUGAUGAAAGUAUAAAAGGCAUUUUCUCUGGUAGAAGUUGCUCCUUGCUGUCAAAAUUGUUUCAUCUUUGCUGUAUUUUUUUUUUUUUUAAUCUUUUGUGCAUUCUUGUCAUUUUGGCUCGUACUACUCUUAAGUUUCCU